AUGGAGGGCUCUGUGCUGAGCCCCACGUCCUGGGAGAAGCGACGGGCCUGGAUCCGUCAGAGCCGUCACUGGCAGACCCAGGUCCUGGAAGAGGAGGCUGCAGCUGCCCUGCAGGAUGUCCCAGAUCCUGAGCCGUCCAGCCUGGAUGAUGUUUUCCAGGAAGGGAAUCCAGUCACUAAGAUUGAAGACUGGUUGCAGGACUGUGGAUACUCUGAAGAAGGGUUUUUUGAGGAAGCUGGACAGUCAAUCUAUAAUGGGUGUCCCAGCCAUGGAACCAGCUUUGAAGAUGACUUGACCCUUGGAGCAGAGGCCACACUGUUGUCCACCAAUGGCAAACUCUUCUCCAGGAGUUUCCUAGAGACAGCCCGGCCCUGCCAGCUACUAGACCUUGGCUGCAGUUUGGCUUCCAGUAGCAUGACUGGUGGGACCAACAAGACUAGUUCAAGCAUCUCUGAGAUUCUGGACAAGGUGCAAGAAGAUGCAGAAGAUGUCCUUUUCAGUCUGGGCUUUGGCCAAGAGGACCACAAAGACACUUCUCGGAUUCCUGCCCGAUUUUUCACCAACCCCUCCCAGGCCAGAGGCAUUGAUUUCCAGCUCUUCCUGAAGGCCCAGGUGCGGAGGAUCGAGAUGGAGGACCCUUGCCUCAUGCUGGCCAGCAGGUUUAAACAGGUGCAAACACUGGCUGUCACUGCCGAUGCCUUCUUCUGCCUCUACUCCUAUGUGUCUAAGACUCCUGUCCAAAAGUUUACACCAUCCCACAUGUUCUGGAAUUGCAACCCAACUGAUGUGCCAUCCAUCAAGAUUCUGUCCCCCGAAUCUGACCCUCAGUCACCCAGAGAGCGCCUCCGGAAAGCCAUCUCCAAAAUGUGCCUGUACACGAGCCCCCGAGUUCGGCUAUCACCACCCCAUGAUUCCCCCAAAAGGAACAGUUUGGACCAAGUGGUGUGGGAAGUGAUGGACAGAGUGAGAGGAGAGAAGCUGGUUCUCCAGCAAGACUCUGAGUUUGAGCCAGGCUCACAGGAUGAUCCUGCACCCCCCAUCCAUGGUACGAUGCUGCCUACCUCUUCUUGUUCAUGUGUCCUCUGCCCUAAAGGGGAAACACAGCUGGGGAUGUCCACAGCACAUGUACCAUCACAAACUCUGCACUCUAACCCCAAGACACCCUGUUGCACACAUUCCUUGCCCAGAGCAGAUCUACAGUGGAACACAGACUCUGCACAGGUAAAGAGAGAGCCGUGGGGUCUACAGGCCACCCAUAAAGAGACCCCUUUGGCCACGGACGAGACUUUUUGGAAAAGGAAGAGCAGAGCAAGAAAAAGCCUGUUUCAGAAGAAUCCCACAGUCAGGAAAGUUAAAUCAUUGGACCUGUCCAUCAUCCAGCAGAAAUGGAAGCAGAACCCAGAGAGACCAGAACUGUGCCGAUCUCUAACCCAGCAGCUGUGGGACACUUUUGACUUGGAUUUGGUACAAAGCAAGAGUGAGGAGGAGGAGAUGCACCGGGCCAGCAGACCCAGACUCCCUCACCUCUACCAGACUUUUGCUGGCAAAGACUCAAGAAGCUUUCUCCACCACCACAGCAGCACAUGCUCUGACAGCAGUGGCUUCAUAGAAGAGCCUAAUUCCCACCCCUUCUUGCAGGAGGUGGCACUGCCUCCAACAUCCCCCUCCUGCUCCCAGGCCCCGCAGAUUCCUGAACUCAGCAGCAGAAAGGCAGCAUGGUUCAUGGAAAAGAAGACCAGGGUGAGAGACUUGGAAUCUACGUCCUGA